AUGGAGGACAAGCCUGAAAACCAAAGCCCGCCCAAGAAGAAAGCCUCCCUCACCGUCGAAGACUUCACACAAAAACACCGGCUCGGAAAGGGCGCCUACGGAGACGUCUUCAUGGUGCUCAAGAACUCCGACCGCAAGGUCUAUGCCAUGAAACAGAUCCAGAAGAAGAAGCUGGAGCGAGAGGAAAAGGAAUACCAAGCCAUGGUCGAGAAGGAACUUCUCUCCACCAUGAAGCACCCCGGAAUCAACAAGCUCAAAUACACCUUCCAGGACAAGGCGAACCUCUAUUUCGUUCAGGAGUACUGCGAGGGCGGAGAGUUCAUCAACUUCAUCAAACUCAACAUCGGCAAACUCACAGAAGAAGUCAAAAUCUUCUACAUCGCAGAAAUCGUCAACAUCCUAGAGUACCUCCAUACGAAUGGGAUCACCCACCGCGACCUCAAGCAGUUCAAAGAGCACAUCCUGAAGCUGAAGCAGAAAUCGGAUCAGCUGGAACAGUCGAGAGCAGAAUUAGACGAGGAUGAUAGCGAGGAGAUCAAAGCUCUCAAGAAGAGGCGGUCCACCUUCGUAGAAUUGCUGGAACACAACUACUGUCCGCCUUCUGCCGAUCUCUGGGCGCUGGGAUGCAUCAUCUACCAGCUCUACUACCUGGAGACUCCCUUCAAGGACAACUACGAGUUUGCAGUCUUCGAGAAGAUAAAGAAAGCUUAG